AUGGCCACCGUCGCUGAACCUAUUGGCGCAACAAAAGUCCCCAUGUCGCUCCUCGAGCCCAAGUCGUAUAUCAACUACCAACGAAUCGAGGAUAACCUCGCUGUCAUUCGCGACAGGCUGAAGCGUCCCUUGACGCUUUCCGAGAAGAUUCUGUACGGCCAUCUUGAUGACGCCGUGAACCAGGACAUUGAGCGCGGCGUGAGCUACCUUAAGCUUCGACCUGACCGUGUUGCCUGCCAGGAUGCCACUGCGCAGAUGGCCAUUCUCCAAUUCAUGUCUGCGGGCAUGGACACCACUGCCGUCCCCACCACUGUGCACUGUGAUCACCUUAUUGAAGCUCAGAUUGGCGGGGUUAAGGAUUUGGCACGUGCAAAGGAGAUGAACAAGGAGGUUUACGACUUCUUGGCGACUGCUACGGCUAAGUACGGUAUGGGUUUCUGGCACCCUGGCUCUGGUAUCAUUCACCAGAUCAUCCUCGAGAACUACGCCUUCCCCGGCGGUUUGAUGAUCGGUACGGACUCGCACACACCUAACGCAGGCGGUCUCGGCAUGGUUGCCUGCGGUGUUGGUGGUGCUGACGCGGUCGAUGUCAUGGCUGGUCUUCCUUGGGAACUGAAGUGCCCUAAGGUCAUCGGUGUCAACCUCACUGGCGAGCUCUCCGGCUGGACCGCUCCUAAAGAUGUGAUCCUCAAGGUUGCUGGCGUCCUUACGGUCAAGGGAGGCACUGGUGCUAUCGUCGAGUACACUGGUCCCGGUGUCGAGUCUCUGUCAUGCACUGGUAUGGCUACGAUUUGCAACAUGGGUGCGGAAAUUGGCGCUACUACGUCGCUUUUCCCCUUCAACCGUCGUAUGGUCGACUACCUCAAAGCUACCAAGCGUGGCCAGAUUGCUCAGUACGCUCAGCGCUUCCAACACAACCUGAAGGCUGACAAGGGUGCCGAGUAUGACCGGGUGAUUGAUAUCAACCUUUCCGAGCUUGAGCCCCAUAUCAACGGUCCCUUUACCCCCGACCUGGCCACUCCACUCUCUAAGUUCAAGAACGCUGUCAAGGAGAAUGGUUGGCCUCAGGACAUUAAGGUUGCGCUUAUCGGCUCAUGCACCAACUCUUCGUACGAGGACAUGUCUCGUGCCGCUGCGAUCGCCCGUCAGGCUGCCGACCACGGUCUCCAGACCAAGAGCAAGUUCACGGUUACCCCCGGUUCUGAGCAGGUUCGCGCUACUAUUGCCCGCGACGGGCAGAUAGCCGCCCUUGAGGAGGUUGGUGGUCUGGUACUUGCCAAUGCAUGCGGUCCUUGCAUUGGUCAAUGGGACAGGCGCGACGUGGAGAAGGGAGAGGCUAAUUCUAUUAUCACCUCGUACAACCGCAACUUCACUGGUCGUAACGAUGCUAACCCUGCCACGCACGCUUUCGUUGCUUCCCCCGAUAUUGUCACUGCCAUGGCGUUUGCUGGUGACCUGACUUUUAACCCUAUCACUGAUGUUCUCACUGGUUCCGAUGGCAAGCCUUUCAAGUUCAACGAUCCUUCAGGCAACGAACUGCCCCCUCGUGGCUUCGACCCGGGCGAAAACACCUACCAGGCUCCUCCGGAAAACCGUGCUAGCGUUCAGGUCGCUGUCAGCCCCAAGUCUGAUCGGCUUCAGCUCCUCAAGCCUUUCGCUCCCUGGGAUGGCAAGACCCCUACCGAUCUCCCCAUUCUCAUCAAGGUUAAGGGCAAGUGCACGACUGACCACAUCUCUGCUGGCGGCCCCUGGCUCAAGUACCGUGGACAUCUCGAGAAUAUUUCCCAGAACUGCCUCAUCGGUGCCGUCAACUCUGAGAACGGUGAAGCAAACAAGGUCAAGAAUCAACUCACUGGCGAACUCGGCCCUGUCCCUGCUACCGCGGCUUACUACCGUGACCACGGCAUCAAGUGGGUUGCUGUCGGCGACCACAACUAUGGUGAAGGUUCCUCUCGUGAGCAUGCUGCCCUCGAACCCCGCUUCCUUGGUGGCCUUGCUAUCAUCACCCGCUCGUUCGCCCGCAUCCACGAGACCAACCUCAAGAAGCAGGGUAUGCUCGCGCUUACCUUCGUUAACCCUGAGGACUACGACAAGGUCCGCCCCAGCGACCGUAUUGAUAUCCUCGGCCUCGAGUCCUUCACUCCCGGCAAGGACUUGACUUUGGUCCUCAAGCACGAGGACGGUGCCAAGGAGGAGAUCCCUCUUGCGCACUCGUUCAACGAGGGCCAGAUCGAGUGGUUCAAGGCCGGCUCUGCCCUCAACCUGAUGGCCAAGCAGACCAAGCAAUAA